AUGCCGCCGACUCCCUCCACCCCGACGCGCACCGGUCCGCUCUCGCCGAAGGCCAUCGGUGCUGGCGCGUCGCGAUUUAUCCGUCGCGUCGCGUCAGCGCCGAACGCCAAGGGUCUGUUCUCGCUUAGCUCCCGCUCGAACGGCGCCACGACAAAGAAUGGCUUACUAUCCCCUGGCGACACCAUGUCGCCGAUGCCCCACUCGGCGAAUGAUGCGAGCGAACAGGGCACGACUUCCAUGGAGACCCUCUCGUCUGCCACGAACGCGCUCAAGACCAAGGAUCGGGUCACCAACACGCAAACAUCAGAGGGGCCGGGGAAGAUCGCGUUCCGAAGGACGUACUCGAGCCAUUCUAUAAAGAUCAAGUCGGUGGAAGUGGGUCCGGCUAGCUUCCACAAGAUCAAAAUGCUGGGAAGAGGCGAUGUCGGGAAGGUGUAUCUCGUCCGGGAGAAGAAGACAAGCAAGCUCUUCGCCAUGAAAGUCCUCUCGAAGAAGGAGAUGAUCGAGCGGAAAAAGAUCAAGCGCGCCCUGACGGAGCAAGAGAUCCUGGCGACCGCAAACCACCCGUUCAUCGUCACGCUAUACCACUCGUUCCAAUCGGAGAACUACCUGUAUUUCUGCAUGGAGUACUGCAUGGGCGGCGAGUUUUUCCGCGCGCUGCAGUCCCGGCCUGGAAAGUGUCUUUCCGAGGACGCCGCGCGGUUUUACGCGGCGGAGGUGACCGCGGCGCUGGAGUACCUGCACUUAAUGGGAUUCAUAUACCGGGACCUGAAGCCAGAAAAUAUCCUACUACACCAAUCUGGGCAUAUUAUGUUAUCGGACUUCGACCUGGCGAAACAGUCGAGCGAGCGUGGAGGCCGGCCCGCGAUGAUACACCAGGAGGAGAAUGGGAUACCCUUGAUCGAUACCCGCUCGUGUACGGCUGACUUCCGGACAAACUCCUUUGUAGGAACAGAGGAGUACAUCGCUCCCGAGGUCAUUCAGACGUCUGGCCAUACCUCCGCCGUUGACUGGUGGACGCUCGGAAUCUUGAUCUACGAGAUGAUUUAUGCUACGACCCCAUUCAAGGGCGCCGAGCGGAACGACACGUUCCAUAACAUAUUGAACCUACCCGUUCAUUUCCGGGACACGCCCAAGGUGUCGCACGCCGGCAAGGACGUUAUCACGCGUCUGCUCGAUAAACGAGAAUGGACCCGCCUGGGCAGCAAGAGCGGCGCCUCGGAGGUCAAGCAGCACAAGUGGUUCGCCAAAAUUAAUUGGGGUCUUCUGCGGAACACGCAGCCUCCGAUCGUGCCCACGGCCUCAAACGGGAUCGACGCAGUGAACUUCCGGCAGAUGCACGAGUCGAUGUCGCUCCAACUCGAGAAGCAGAGCUCGUCGAACAUCAAGGGCGUCGCGGGCUCCAGCGUCCCCGGUACCCCCGGCCUGGGCGGUGACGACGGGCUUGAGCCGUCGCCGCAGGGCGUGGACGAGUUCAGCGCGUUCUCGAGUAUCACCCUGCAGUAUGACGGGGAGAGCUGAGCCCGUCCCUGUAUGCGUGUGGGGGGUCACGGGGUGUAGGUGUAAGUUGGUUGUAGAGGAAAGGUAGAGUGUGUUGGACGCCGGCGGGUCUAGCACCGGGCACAUUGGCACGCUUCACGAUCGACUUCAGGCUCAUCCAUACGUCGGCCUUGGUCGAUGGUCGAUGGUCAACGUAGUCGAUCGCACCCGCGCGUGGUUACCGGGACGGGAUCGGACUGCUGGUCUUGUUACGAUCGCGACCACCUCUCCCUUUCCGAUGUGCUCGGUGUGCUCGACAUCGCCGCUCCACCCUCGUCACCCCCUCUCUGCCCCUUGUUCGACUCCGCCCGGCUCGGAACCUGCUUUGUGCCUCGCCUCGCCAUUCGCCGCCUCGGACUUACCCCGCGGGACGGCACGGUCGCCCACACGCGCCCACAACGGACAGUCCGCUCUCCAUUGCCCGAACGCUUAUUGUCCUGCACCAUGCUCUCGCUCCAGGCUGUCGCUGUCACUUAUUGUGUAUAUCUGCCCGCCCCUUUGUUUUUCCGACGCACCAUUGUUUGUUCACGUUGGGUUAGAUUGUCGUCCGCCGCAGAGGCCCCGGGGGUCUUCGCGUCCGCGUACCUGGGGCCUCCGUUGGCGUGACUGGCCCUGGUGUUUCUUGGUCUGCGGUCGUUGGAUACCUGUCCGCCGUGUUCCUUGCAUACCUCCCAUACCUCCUCCCCUCUGUUACCCAUCCCCCUUUUCUCUCUGCGUCGUCCACUCGUUCUCCGUUCGUCUCGUCACCGCCAUUGUACCAUCACACCACAUCCAUCCGCCCGCUCGCGCACAUAGGUCCUCGCUUCAUAUACUUACUCGCUCCCCUCCCCACCACGCACGCACGCACACCCAACCCGUAUCCAUACCGUACCGAUAAAUUCAAACUACUACCCGCCGCCGACUUGCUCGCCUUUACCCUGUACAUCUCAAUCCCGUG